AUGCGCUUACGGGGUAGGGCACGGGUCGUUGGGCAGCAGGGCGCGCUGGGCGCUGGGCAGCAGGGCGCGCUGGCGCGCUGGGCAGCAGGGCGCGCUGGCGCGCUGGGAAGCGGGGCGUGCUGGCGCGCUGGGCAGCGGGGCGCGCUGGCGCGCUGGGCAGCGGGGCGUGCUGGUGCGGACGUUCGGCUUCGCACCCUCGUUUUAGUCAACAUCGCCGCGAUUGUAGAGAGGGCGGACGAGGCGCUUCUUCCUGCUGUUUAUAACGAGGUGGGGCAGGCCUUUCACGCGUCCCCGCAGGCCCUGGGCACUCUCACGCUCGUGCGCGCGCUCGUGCAGGCCUUAACCUGCCCGCUUGCCCCAUGGCUGGCGCACUGGAUGGCUCGAGUGAAAGUGAUCGCAGUGGGUGCGUUCAUAUGGGCCAUCGCCACUCUGGGCGUUGGGAUCGCCACAAACUAUUAUGAGGUGGCAGCAUGGAGAGGUCUCAACGGGGUGGGCCUAGCCCUGGUCAUCCCGGCCAUCCAAUCUCUCGUCGCCGACUCAGCCAGCAACAGCACGAGGGGCAUGGCGUUCGGCUGGCUGCAGUUCGUCACCAACUUUGGCAACAUCCUCGGCUUCACCCUCGGCAUCUCCCUUGCCUGCUACACGUUUUUCGGCCUUGCUGGCUGGCGCAUGGCCUUCAUUAUAGUCACAGUCGUCAGCCUGGGGCUGGCGGCUGUGCUCUGGCUGUUCGCGCACGACCCGGCUCCCACCACGGUCAAGUCAAUAGAUGCGUUGACUGCUGUUGGUGAUGAGCCCGACGCACAAGAGGAGUAUGGUGUUGUGCCGCUGCUAUCUGAAGAUCACAGCCUAGACGUGAAGCAACAGCAGCAGCAGCAGCAGCAGCAGCAGCAGCAGCAGCAGCAGCAGCAGCAGCAGCAGCAGCAGGAGCAGCAGUCUCAAGUUAGCGAAUCAACCCCACUCCAACCCACCUCCUCCCACCACCGCAUCUCCGCCUCCUCCCCAUCCCACUCUCCCCAUUCCCAUCCCCACCCCUCCCCACUCCACCCCACCCCCCUCUCCUCCCCUCCCUCCUCCACCUUCCUCUCAGACAUCCUCAAAGUCCUCCGAAUCCGAACCUUCCAGCUGAUCAUAGCCCAGGGAGUCGUGGGCUCCUUCCCCUGGGCAGCAGGGGCCUUCUUCCCCAUGUGGUUCGAGCUCCUAGGCUUCUCCCAUGCCUCCACUGCGGUUCUCCUCUCUGUGUUCACUGUCGCGUGCAGCCUGGGGGCCCUGUUCGGAGGGUGGUUUGGGGAUGUGAUGGCACGGAGAUGGCCGGAUGGGGGGAGGCUCGUGUGUGCGCAGAUUAGUGCUGGGUCGGCGGUGGUGCUGUCUACUGUGCUGCUGAGGGCGGUGCCACAUUCGCCUGAUUAUUUUGGGGUGUACAUUAUGGUGUUGGCCGUUAUGGGGUUUCUUAUCUCGUGGAAUGCCGCGGGCACCAACAACCCCAUAUUCGCAGAGAUUGUCCCGAAGCGACUACGCACAGACAUAUACGCCCUCGACCGAACCUUUGAAAUGUCCAUAGCAGCUUUUGCUCCCCCCACUGUGGGCUACCUCGCCCAGGCUUGGUUUGGGUACAUCCCGCCCUCACCCGAACCUGCCGAUGCCACUUCUUUGAGUGGUGAUAGCAGUACUAGUGUCAGCAGCAGUAGUUCGUGCAGCCGCAGCAGUAGGAGUCACGCGGAAAUGGCAGCAGAUGCUAAGAAUGCAGAGGCACUGUCGCUGGGUUUGUUUUGGACCAUGGCGCUGCCGUUUGCGAUUUGUUGUGCUUGCUAUGGGUGGUUGUAUUGGACGUAUCCCAAGGACCGGGAUCGCGUUCGGGCCGAGGCUGCAGCUGAGGCUCGGGAAGAGAGGAGGUUAGGUGGAGGUGGGGAAGGUAGUGGAGAGGGUAGGUGUUGA